GACGGCACACAUGUUACCGCCCGCGUGUUCUCGAAUGGGACGUUAACACGGUUCUUCUCGCCUGUGCAUCUAAGCAGCAUAUCCGCUGUGUCCACUCUUUUAUAUUUCGGCCGUCAGCACAGCAGCCACCAUGCACGCCUUUUUGGACCCAGACUCUCCCGAGUCCCCAGACUUCAGAGGCAGUCAAAGUUCGCACUCGAGGAGAAUGCGGCCUCCUGACCCGCACGACGAGGCUUCAGAGGCUGUUAGGAUACCUCUAAGGGCAGGUUCGGGGGAUAAGGCACGCAAGAGGGAGUCGAGACUGGGGCUGAGAAACAUCUUUGGCCGGGCCAGAGGAGGCUCUGACGCGGAUUCGGUAACAGCCCCAACCCGGGAUGGUCCCCAUAGGCUUGGAGGAAUACGAGCCUCGCUGGCAGAGAUCAGUUGGCCCCAUGUUUCGCAGACUGCACAGGGGCAUCGGUCAGACAUCUCUCUACCACCUCAAAAGGCAUCGCCGACUGGCCAUGCCUUGAAACACAAGAAGUCGGAGAGCCUCGUCCGUCAGCAGCCAACUCCCGAGGGCAUUGCGGCAUGGACCCCCCCUCCUCUGUUUAGAGCGUACCCGCAGGCCAUCAAACAUGCCCACCUUCCUGCAUGCACCCUCCCCGCCGAAGUCAUUCUGCGGAUGCACGCCCACAAGAGCAGCGGCUCGCUCGCCGGGCUGCUGGGCCCCAGGUUGUCCGACCCGUCAGAGGACGCAACGGGAGAGAAAACGAGAAGCAGACACCGGAGUAACGGAUCUGGUUCUGCAUCGAGAUUCGAAUGGACAAGCAAGGUUUAUGUCUUGACUACGUCGCGGUACCUACUGCAGUACGCAGGCGAAGGCACCUACGAUCGGCUUCCCGAGAGGGUCCUCCAGCUGGGAAAGGAUUCGGCGGCUUUCGCGAGCGACGCUAUCCCGGGACGGCAUUGGGUUAUUCAAGUCACGUCGUCGGUCUCGGAGCCCGACCGUAUCCCGGAACCGCCGUCUUCUCUCCGCGCCCGACUUCCCUUCCUUGGUCACGAAAAGAAGCAUUCCUCGGCUCUUCUGAUGGUAUGCGAAAGUGCCGAGGAGAUGGAGGCAUGGAUUGCAACGCUGCGUCGAGAGAUCGAGGCGCUUGGAGGCCGGAAAGUUCUCUCAGAAACAGGCAAACCCAAAACUGAUGACGAGGAUGUGCACUUGAGGAGCUAUGCAAGCCAGAGAACCUUGGUCCGGAGGGACCCAGAUCGUUUCUCUCGAGUUAUGACGCCCGACCAAUCUUCGAACCACAGUUUGCCGAUAAUGAGUCCUAGUCCCGAGGCUAACGCACGCGAGCAAUCCUUUGAUGACAACUCGACUGCGAGCUUCGUCUCGCACGAAGGGAGACAGCUCGAAACUCUAAGAGACAGCUACAACCGACUAUCGUUUGUUUCAUCUGGCCAGCGGACCAUGGUUACGUCAGUUGGCUCAUCGCCAGCAUGCUCACCGGUUCGUGACUCAUUUGGGGACGUCGAUUCGAUGCCCGAGGCUCGGGAACCUGAGGAACCGCAGCCGAGGCCGAGACCCAACGCGAAGGCAAUCAUUGACCGAAGACAGUCGCUCCAAACAAUUAAUCACGUUCUCGAGAUGGGGAUCGCCUCAGCCCAAGCCCUUCGGCCGCUGUCAACGUACUCAAACCCUGGUCAGCCGGAGGGAGCGGCGCCAUCAGCGCCCGCGCCCCAACCAAUAUCGAAUGUCAGCGUCUCUCACAGCGUGGGUAAUCGACAUUCUUUUGCCAGGACUCCCGGAGGGCCGCCCUCGAUGCAGACGACGUCAUCCCCUUUGCUCGCAAGAAUGAACGCCCGGAGACCUCCGCCGACAGCCUUAUUUAUUAACCCGCGUCCUUUGUCCCUGGUCGAGGACCAGCCGUCGCCGGCCCUGUCUGCGUUGAGUCGAUCUGGGACGGCGACGGAGGGCAGCGAAGGCCCUUCGUCAGGUAGCCCCCUCGCGCCGCCAGUGACCUUGCCCUCGCCGCACCAGUUGGAGAGCGAGGUGAGCAAGCGGAUCCGGGACGAGCCGAUUCGCGACUCCGGCAUAUCGACACAGGAGAACAUCUCCGACCGGCCAACUUCAACUUACUUAGCGAACCGCCACUCGAAAGAUGACAGCGAGAUCCCAACCCACGGGAUUUUGCCCAUCGAAGCUCGUGAAAUGCCUCGGUCGAGCACGUCGCUGGGAACCUACGGCGAAUCGCGGCCGGCUGCUCAAGUAUCGGGCAAACCUCGAACGCGGGGUAGGGGCCUGAGUUUCAACUCUCAAGAAGUUGAGAGGAGCGGAGCUCUCUCUUCACCGCCUUCUCUACAGGCUGAUGCCACGCAGCGACCUCGUACGCCGUCUUUGAAGCCCGUGCCAAGGUCAGCGCAACAACUGAGGCCCGAUCCGCAGCCACACAUGGUUCUGCAACAACGGAGCAUGUCGCAGCUGGCUGCUGAGGGUCCGCCCCUUGCUCCCCCUCCGAAUCGGGCUCUCCCGCCCAUUCCGCAGAAGCCUAGGAUGAACUCCCCGCCGCCGGGGUUCAUCUGAGGCAAUUUGAAGGGUCACCAUGUGCACUGCCCUGUGCAAUGUCUAGACCAAGCCAAAUUAACGCCCGGCUAGGGCGGGCCGCAGCUUUAUCAUACAGCGACCAAGAUGAUUUGACAUUGUUUGUUACAUAUAAACCAGUCUGGUGAGGGUUUUUUGAUUUCCU